AUGGAGGCUGUGGGGAGCAGGAGGAAACCAGAGUUUGGGGGACGGGGUGGAAUGGAGGUCAGGGAACACUCACUCCUCUCCUCCUCUCCACCCACAGCGGUCACCAGGCACGAGCGGGGGAGAAGCCCCGAUGGCUCCCCUGACAGUCGCCCCCAAGGAAACGGACCUGGAGAAGAGAAGGUGAGGGGACGACCACCCCCAGCCCACCGGAGAGCUAAGAAGCCGCCCGACUCCUCCAGAGCAGGACUUUACCGCAGAGGAGGUUCCGCCCACACUCCCUGGCGCCUCCGCGGCAGGAGGACCCGGUCCCGAUCGCCGGUGUGGGUCAGGAGCUGGGGACGCUGCCAGCACAGCCCGGCGGAGGCCGGGCCCCCCUCCCCCAAACGCCGUCGCGGAACCCUGUGGCCCGAAGCCCGCGCGCCCCUGGCGGCGCUCACGUCCAAUCUCUACAACCAGAUGGGCGCCCUGGAGGUGGUCCUGGACGAGCUGCGGGCCCCGGGGGGCGCCUUCCUGCCGCUGUCCACCGGCCACACGGAGCCCACGGCCUCGCAGCGCGCCUGGCUCGCCUGGCAGCUGGCGCACGCGGGCGCGGCCCUGCACUGGGCGCUGGCGGCGCUCGACUCCCUGCUCGCCGCGCGCUCCGGGCCCGCCGGCCCGCAGCCCUCCCCGCCCUGGGCGCCACCGCCUUAGGGGCGCACCCAGCGGCUCCCCGCCCUUCCUAGGGCCGGUCCCUUCCGCCCAAGAGCCAGCCGGACUCUGCGCCGCCACCUCGCCUCGCCGUGCAAGGCUCCGCGGCAGCAUCGUGUACCCGGAGGCGACGAGCUUCCCCCACAGCGGACAGAAAUCCACUUGUCCCGGGAACGGUGUUCAGCACGCACUAGACAGACAUCAGCUCCUGCCGCAUCCCAGCUCAGGGAGGUGUGUCCCCGUGUCCAGAAGACAGGCUGCCAGGAUGUGCAUUCAGAGGAAAACACUUCUGUUCUUCUGCGGUUCCGACUGCGAACCUUAGUGAUGUGAUUUGUGCCUUUUCAUCCCUCCAUAUUUUCCUGUUUCAUGUGGAAAAUGAAAGGAGAGAGAGAGAUGGGGAAAGGAGGAUGAGGAGAAGAAGGAGGAGGAGCAGGACGAGAUGGAUAGAUAGAUAGAUAGAUAGAUAGAUAGAUAGAUAGAUAGAUAGAUAGAUAGAUAGAUAGAUGGAUAGAUGGAUAGAUAGAUAGAGGUAGAGACAGAUCGAUUCCGGUGUAGGUUCCACCGCAAAGAACAAUUUCUGUCUUUGCGUUUUACCCGAGAUUGGGUUUCUUCGAGGUUAUGCUUAGAAACCUACCUUGUACAAACCUUUAUAUCAGAUGAGCAAU